AUGGAGCGCCGCGUGGUGGCCGACGUGGCCCGCAAGAAGGCCACACGCCUCACCGGCGUGUUGUCCUUGAUGGUGGUCGAGUGGCUGGCGGCCAAAGGCUUGGUGGCGUCUCAGGCUGCUGCGCCGGAGGUGUUGCAGUUGCUGCCAGAUUUGGCCUGGCAACAGGAGCACGGCCUCUUUGCCUUGGACCCCGAAGAGCUACGCGUGCUCGGCGCGGGCACCUCCAUGCACCACUGGCGCGACGUGGCGCUGAACGAGACCCACACCGCCCUGGAGUACAUCACCUCGGAGCUGAAAACAUUGCUUGGUGCCUCGCCAGUCACGCUGGAGCAUGUCCGUUGGGCCUACCUAUUUUGUGGAAGGGCCCUCCUGGCACUUAGCAGUACACCCGGGAUGCUUUGCCUUUUAUGGCUGCCUGCUUUGGCGGAAGCGAUUGCUUCGGUGCCCUUUGCCACUGAGAGCUAUAGUCAGCACGUGGAAGCCUUGCAAGGACGUGUCACUUUCUAUUGGGCAGUCGAUGAGAGCAAGCAGAUCUUGCGUGCUGGCGUGGCGGCGCAGACUGCUGGCUGGUUGGGUGUUGGUUUCAAUGCCUUUCCGGAAAUGACUGGGGCGGAUAUCGUGAUGAUGAGCGUGGAUGCUGAUGGGAACCCCUUGGCGGUGCAAGACCUGCACGCGACGGGCUUCAGCACUCCAGUGGCAGAUGUCACUCAAGACGUUGUGGUGAACAGCCAGGGCCGCAGCAAUGGCAUUUCCUGGUUCACCUUUGAACGGAAUCUCACCAACUGCGACACCCAGGGGGACUACCAGUUUGUUCGGAUUGGCAAUGAGUUCACCUUGCUGGUGGCGGUGGGAGACAGUCAUACCUGGCAAAACCAUGGUGCAAGCAACCGCGAAGCAAUUCGCAUGCGUCUCGUGGAGACAGCGUCACCAGCUUUACCUGCAGAUGUCAUACAGCUGCCAAUCCUGGCUCCUGAUGCUACUGUGCCGACUGCUCCUGGUAGCUACGUGUGCUCUUUGCACGAGCUGCCCAACGACCGGGAGUACCAUUUGGUUCGCUUCAAGGUGAAACGUGGUACAGCGGCACUGGUUUCGGACGGUGGUGGCUCAGUGCUACACCACGUGGACAUGUUUAGCUGCAAACAUCUUCCAGGAGCUGUGAACGCGAUCGUGGCCUGUGGCGUCGCCAUGGCCGCCUGUGAUGAGAUGCUUUUGAGUGGUGGCUACUCAGGCCAUGGUGAAAACCUGCCACCAGACACGGGGCUGUCCAUCGGACCAUCCAACAAGUACGUCAUGAUCAACAGACACUUCUACAAUGCCAAGGGCCAGGCCGGCAUCAUUGACUCUGGCACAGGAUACGACAUUUGGUACACGCCGACCCUGCGUCCCAACAGCAUGGGCCGCUUGAGCAUUCUGCAGGGUCACCUCGACAUACCUGCCGGAGCCACAGGCUUCACGAGCAUCGGCUACUGCCCGCAGAAGUGUACGGAAAGCAUGUGGCCCAGUAGCGGCAUCACCGUGACCAGCGUGAACUUCCACAUGCACUCCAGUGGACGUCGCAUACGGCUGCAGGUGAUCCGCGCGGGGCAAGAGAUGCCGGACAUCGCUCGAUUGGACCCCUUCAGUGAUGCCGGGGCCAACGUGGAGGUGAACUACAAGCUCCUCCCUGGAGACACCUUGAGGCUUCAUUGCACCUAUGACAACCCCUCCAGCGCGAUGCUGAAAUGGGGUGAGGAUCGGUAUGAUGAAAUGUGCGUGGUAAACAUGCUCUACUAUCCCAAAUCGGAGCUCCUGGCGUGCGCGGACUUCGCCAAGGGUCAAACCGAGAUGUUUCCUCCCAGCCAGGCAUUCAAGACGAUGUGCCAAACGUAUUGCCAGCCCGGGCAAGCUUGUGGCAAGGGCGGCGUGUGUGAGUCCAUCAACUUUGAUGAUGAAGGUUGCAUGAAGUGCGCUUGUCCUUCGACUGCAAUCCUUGAGAUGAAAUGGCUCGGCAAAGGAGCUGUGUUCGUUUCGCUCUGA